AGCUGUUCUGGAUUACCUUCAUGGCCUAGCUGGCAGCUAUCAAAAUAAUGAGCACAGCAGUUGGUCGCUCCUAGAGCAAGUGGUCAGAGAGCGUGGAAAAAGAGCAUCCUGAUGUUCUUUUAGUCCAGAGGAGAAUGGAUCGAGUUUUCAAUUCGCUUGGGCAAAUGGCCCAUGGCAAAGCUAUGGAAGUAGUCGUGGCCUCGUCUUUGGCUGCUAUUUGCAGUGUAGCAAUGACUUGUUCGGGAAAGUCACUGAUAGUACGAACCUAUGAGUCUCAGUCGUGCUUCAAAGUUCCAGAAAGCGACCAGGCAUCAUGCAUGGGUGGCGAUCUCAACAGUGCUAGUGAUUCUCUUGCAGAAAUAUCGGGUUUCCCCGUGAAAUGGUUCUUGCUUAUGCUGGUGGUAUCCCGUGUGCUAUUCUGGACACUGGCAUUAGCUCAGCUCAUUGCUAGCUUCAAGUCUUAUAGUCGUCUGCGUCUUGGUUCCACUCUAGGUGCUAUGUAUGUAUUAUGCUUAGGUUUAUCGGUAGUCUUCAGUUUCGCCGUCUUCAUGCCGAGCUCGUUCUACGGCAUUGAGAUAGUGUUGUAUCUGAUGGUGAGACGCGCUAGCAAGUGGUGUAGCACCCUCCUUUCACCCCUACUAUCCACACCGCUUAGUCCAGAUAAACUGGAAGUGUUCCUAACCAGUGGAGUGGUAUCGGCGGGAAGGUCGUUUCUUCUGAGCACCAUUCGUUUCUGUCUCAUCAUAGGCCUGGGUAUCUACACCAUUGAGCCCUUGUCCAGUCUAUGCUUGCUAGCGUGUCUUUCUGCUCUGGUGGUGGUGCUGGUGUUCUUUGUCAUCUUUCCAGCCUGUCUUGCUGUCAGCGUUCACCUCACUCAUCAAGCAACACCACGACGGCUGCUGCUGCCUGCCGGUAGAGCACUGCUCCGACGUGAGAAGUGCGAUAGUGCUUCACAGCAGAUACAGUCGGUGAUGAUGUUUGGCUUGAUGGUAGUGCAUGUGCGCAUGCUCUGGGCAAGCUACGGCGAAAACAGUGUGGACUCGGAUGUCGAGGAGCUGCUGAAUAGUUCGCACAUGAUGAUGGUGUUGCUGAUGCGGCAGAACUCCUCGGUGAACGACCUCUAUCACCUGUUGCUGUGGAUUGCUACCGCUGCUCUCUUAGGUGCCUUGUAUGACAACGGCAUGUCAGAGAAGAUUUCCCAGUAUCUUGGAAUGGGCGGUGGCAAGCGCGUCUCCUUCAUGGCCAGGCAUGCUGGUCGUGACAAAGGAGCGGCGGCGGUGAAGAAGCUCUCGCCGACCCCCGAUAGUUGCUCAUCAUCUGUGGAUUCUACGGAGAGUACGGUGGGCAGACAUCGGGCAGCUGAGACCGCGGCGUCUGAGAUUGAUGGUGCUGCUGCUAGCAAAGCAACCAGUGGAGAUACCAAUGCUCAGAAUGUUGGCCCUGUCAAGGAGCAGCAUCACAAAGAGACAUUUGACGAAUCAAAUACUGCUCCAAACUGCACGGCAAACAUAGUAUUCUCUGUGGGGCCAGUCAGCCAUCAACUCGCACUACAGCGUCAAACGUCUGAAGCACCGGAUGUGUUUACCAGUAAUAUACAAUCGCCCACCAUUGCUGGUGAUCGUCGAGAACAAGUGGUUUCCGUGCAGCCCAGAGAUGCACACACUGCCGAGACAUGUCCUGAAGUGAACAACGAUGAAAGCAUUGAACUGUCCACAAUGAGAAGCUUUGAGGAGUGCUGCACACUACUAGAACAGGGUGAAGUUGCCAGUCUUAGCAACGCUGAGUUGAUGUUGCUGAUCCAGCGAGGCAAGAUAUCUGCUCGUCGUCUAGAGGCCGUGCUUGACAACGACUAUGGCCGUGCCGUGUAUCUUAGGCGUGCAUUGCUUACCAGUAGCCUGGGAACGGCUGAGUGUCACACAAGUGCGCUCAGCGAACUGCCCCACUCUGCAUACGACUACUCUCAGGUGUAUGGUGUUUGUUGUGAGAAUGUCAUUGGUUACAUGCCAGUCCCCGUCGGUGUUGCUGGUCCUCUUCUCAUUGACGGCCGACAAUACCAUGUACCCAUGGCGACCACUGAAGGCUGCCUCGUGGCCAGCACGAAUCGUGGCUGCAGUGCCCUCAUGAAAUCUGGCGGGCUGACAAGCGUUCUACAUUCCGAUGGGAUGAGUCGUGCCCCAGUGCUAAAGUUUCCUUGCAUUUCCGAAGCCAGUGAUGCCAAGAAGUGGUGUGAAACUGCAGAGAACUUUGCAGAGUUGAAGAGCGAUUUUGAUUCGACAAGCAGAUUUGCACGGCUACAGUCAAUAUACUGCGCCAUGGCCGGCAGAUGUCUGCAUGUUCGCUUCUCAACCACCACAGGCGAUGCCAUGGGAAUGAAUAUGGUUACAAAGGGAGUCGAGAAGAGUAUCCGUCGCCUACUAUGUGAAUUCCCCAGCGCACGUGUUGUCAGCAUCAGUGGUAACCUCUGCACGGACAAGAAACCAGCGGCUAUCAACUGGAUCCUCGGCAGAGGCAAGUCGGUCGUCUGUGAAGCAGUCCUGCCCGCAAGCGUUGUCAGACAGGUGUUAAAGACCACUCCACAGCAGCUUGCCCAGCUAAACUACGACAAGAACCUGGUGGGCUCGGCCAUGGCCGGAUCACUGGGCGGAUUCAAUGCACACGCAGCUAACAUUGUCACAGCAGUGUUCCUCGCCACUGGCCAAGACGUUGCGCAAUCCGGUACAUCGUCUGCGUGUAUGACUCAGAUGGAAGUGUGCCCGGCACUGGACGAGGAUUCUGAAUGCAGCCUGCAUGUGACUUGCACCAUGCCUUGCUUGGAAACCGGCACAGUUGGUGGUGGUACUAACCUUUCAGCACAGCAAGCAUGUCUAAAGAUGCUUGGGGUAAAUGGGUCCAACCAGGAGAAUCCUGGAGAUAACUCAGCACGGCUUGCUCGCAUCAUCUGUGGGACAGUAGUAGCAGGGGAGUUGUCACUCAUGGCCGCUUUGGCUUCCGGAGACCUCGUGAAAAGUCACAUGCGACACAACAGGUCGAUUUCAUCAUUAAAUUCAUUAGCCAGCUUUAGCUAGGAGGAAAUCCAUGUCUGGAUUUGCCUUUGAGUUCAAUAGUUAGUGCAGUGCACUGCGCACAUAACAGUUUUCAUCCUACGCUUUAGCUGGAUACCACCACCUUGACUUUCGUUGGACUCGCACUCCCAACACCUACCUUGAUCCCGCAACUUGACAUUCGUUGGACAUGUGCUCAUCCCCGCGUGCCUCGAUUCCGUGGUAUCUCCUUCAGUAUUUACUCCGUGCAUUAGUCUAUCCAUCUGACCUAUGGAAGCAGCGUACACGUUUAUAUUUCCACCGUUGAACCACAUCUCUGACAGUAUUACUGGUUUUCAUCGCUGGCUGUUUUCUUCCAACCUUCACUGCGGCCAGUUGUUGUUUUAGUUUUAGCCGCUCAUCGUAGAGCUUCUAGACCCUGUUGUGCUGUGCUGGUCACGGUGCAAUGUGCUCAUGCCAUGCCAUUGCACAUGCUCUAGGGGUGCAAUGUACUCAUGCCAUACCAUUGAACAUGUUCUCGGCGCUGGUACUGCCAACUCUAACAUGUUCUUGGAACGCUAGUGUUUGUUCUUGCAUUAGCUCCUUCUUAUUUCUGUUUACUUGUUUCUGUUAUUUAUGUAAGCUGCUGCUUACUCUCCUAUUAAAGUGUAUUAUUUAUGUUCUUCUCUAGAUACAUUUUUAUUUCUGUCUCUAAUAAUAACUUAAUCAUUGCUCUCCUUUCUGCGUCCUCUGACAGUCCUGUCUUUUCUUCCAUUCAGUCUUGUUCUUUCCGAAGACAGAAAAGUUCAAACUUUG